AUGGCUCGCUAUCUCAACCCGGCCAAGAUUGGCCUUCUCGCUCUCAUAGAGCUCUAUGUUGAAGGAGCUGUCCCAAGUGAUGCUAUCCUUCCUGUGCUCUCCUUUGUCACCUCUCAUCUCAUGGAUUAUUGCUCACCAAAAUCAUCCGCCGACCAGUCCGAAAGAUGGAGCAAGGCAGAGAAAACCGUCAGCCUCGUCAUAAGCAUCAAAGAGUUUGAGAAGCUUCUUGGGAGCUACCCCUUUCUCAUGGGCAUGCCCGGACGGAGGUUAUGGGAUCAGUUCUUGGGCAAACUAUGGGAUAUCAACUCAUUGGAUGCACUGCACAACUUUUUCGACAAUCUAUCCGGUUUGUUGGCCAAAACCAAGGAGGAACGUAAGAGAUUGGCUGAGUUGGGCCAGCCAGUGGAAGAGGAAGAAGGCAUCAGGCUCUCCGCCAACUCUCCCUUUGGGGCUUUUGUGCGCAGAUCGCGUCUUGAGUACCAGCGAUUACGCUUCCACGACUGUACAGAGCUAUGGAAACAAUUUGUCCGAUAUCGACAACCAACAGCCCCUUAUCUCAAGCGCAAGGUUCCAGGCUUCGGACGGCUGAGUUUCGACAAUGUUCUCUUGGUGGGCGAGCAGGAAGAUUGGGACCUCAAGAACGUUAUGGACUUGGCCUCUGUGGCGUAUGGUGAUAUGCUCACGGGAGACCAAAGUGGAUCGCUUCCCGUGAGCACAGAUGACAUCGAGAGUCUCCUGGAGUUCCAAAUCGAGCAGAUGCAGAGUCAGAUACCCCUCGAAAUCCGUCAUCAGUUUCAUGAUCUACUCAACGACAGCUAUCUCAUUCCAAGUCUCACACACUAUCUCAAAUUCCUCGAUGCAUGGAGAGCUGGAGACUAUCCCACCGCAUUUGAUUAUUUGCACCGUUACUUUGACUACACCAUGCAGAACAGAGAUCGCCUGUUCUACCAAUACGCUUUGAUGAACUUGGCUGUUUUGCAAGCCGACUUCGGUUGUUACAAAGAAGCUGUAGCAGCCAUGCUUGAAACCGUGUCGACAGCGAGAGAGAACCGAGACAUGACUUGCCUCAACUUUGCCUUGAACUGGCUCUUCCACUUCGGCCGUGCCCAUCCUGAUCUCGUCCAGGAUUUGGAAUCGAAUAGCCUGCUCGGUACUGGCAAAGAAAGCUUGGCCUUUCUCCGUGUUAAGGCCAGAGAGACAGGCAUGUUCACGCUUUGGAGCUCAGUUCUCCUCAGCGAAGCAAAGCUCGGACUAUUGAACGGUGACAGCGUGGCUACGGCUUUUGAGUCAAUCGUGCGAAGCUCUCACAUCAUCGUAGAGAGGAAUAUGAACAACAUGUUUGGGACACACCUUUCACUCGCUUCAGCUCUCUGGGACAGGCUUGGCCUCUCGACCCUAUCGUCAGCAACCUGCGAGGUAUUCCUGAAAUGCCACGCCCGCAAUGCCAUUUUUGAUGAUGAACUGAAGUUGACUUGCCGACUCGCUCUACUACUCACUUCAAGGGGAAAAUACGACGAUGCAAUGGCUAAAUUGGAAAGCCUGGAGGAUAACUCACUGAGAUCCUGGAAGCCCAGCCAGUACUGGCACAAGUGCCGAGGUGUCAUCAAGUUGAAAAGAGACUUACAUCACAACAAUCUCGAAGGAGCUGAACGGCUUCUAUCUCAGAUCCUCCAAUCAAAGAUGGAUGAUCUAGAACCUGACAUGGCGUUCUUGGUAGACACCCUCCACAUUGACUAUCUUACUCGUCGUGGAGAUCUUCAAGCAGCGUUUGCAAAAGUCGACAGCAUGAUGUCGCAGUUAGAAAAUGAGAAGAAGGAUGUGGUACUCAAGGUCAAACUCUUACUCCUCAAAGCCUCUCUUCUUGAUAAGUGUGGCCGGCCACAGAGAGGGUUCACGACAGCAAUGCGGGCAGCGAGCAUAUCGUGGGGAGCUCGUCUGAUACCCUGCCUCUGGCAAGCCAUCGGCUGCGUGUCGAAUAUUCUGGUCUCUUUGAAGGAAUUUGAAGCAGCCUCUCAGCUCUUGUUGGCUAUCUUACCCCGUUCUCUCGAGUGCGAGACUGAGAGUCUGACAGCCCAGCUCUACAGCUACCUCGCUGACGCCAACAUGGGACUUGCUGGUAAAUGCGAACCCAAGUCAGCCAAACGAUCGGAAUACAUGACGAAAGCUCUCGCGGCAGUGCAAAAGUCUUUUGAUCAUUACUCAAGUGUCGAGGACAUGAACAUGCAAUGCCAAAUGAUGGCAAAGAAGGCGAUGAUCAUGAAGCUGACUGGGGAUAUGGUUCUGGCUGCAGAUUACACUGCAGCGUAUGUGUCAUUGCGAAAAACUGCUGAAUCACUCAGUCUUGACGGGUAG